CCAAUGAGCGUGAGCUAACACAGAAACAGAAAGUAGGAUAAGACAGUUACGUAUUUAAAAACAUAAAGGAAGAAAUUCUAAACAAAGUUUUGUAGGUAAUGGGUUGCAUAAGGAAGAGGUUGGAGUGAUCUAAAUGGAGAAAAAUGGUGAGUCUGUCUGCUGAAAUCAUCCAGCACAUGAUUUAAGAUCAUGUCUGUGGGUUUAUGUGUGUUCCUGUCAUCCAUUUAUGUAUAGACACAUGGGUAACUCAUUUAACAAGAUCUCUGCAGUCCACAGUCUGAUAUUUAUGGUGUGGUGUGCUCACCUCACACUACUAGCUGGGCACCCAAGAACUACAAUCAUCAUGCUAACAAAGAACAUAUAUACACACGUGUGUCUGAAUAUAUAACAAUGGCAAAAGACAAAAGAAACUAAAACAAAUGAGCUAUUACUGGUUUUGACUUUUGGAUCUACGGCACCAAUGAGAAAACAGGCUGAACAGUAAAAAAAUCCUGUUUUAUAUUUUAUGGAAGUUCUCAGUUUCUGUUCACAUUAGAGGUAGAAUGAAUUCCAGCAACAUCUCUUGCAACAAAACUAUUGAGCAACAAUAUCAGCAUCAAAUCUAUGCAGUCUUCUACACAGUGAUUCUUGUUCCUGGGCUGAUAGGUAAUAUUCUGGCACUCUGGAUUUUUUAUGCCUACAUUAAGGAGACAAAGAAGGCUGUAAUAUUCAUGAUCAACUUGGCCAUCGCUGAUUUGCUUCAGGUUUUGUCUCUUCCUCUGCGCAUUUACUACUAUCUGAACAAUUCAUGGCCUUUUGGUCAGAUCGCUUGCAUGAUCUGUUUCUAUUUGAAAUAUGUCAAUAUGUAUGCUAGUAUCUACUUCCUGGCCUGUAUUAGUGUGAGACGCUGUCGGCUUAUUAUUCAACCAUUGCGCUUUGAUGUCAUGAGGAGACGUCAGGACCGCAGCUGGUGCAUUGCCGGGUGGUUAGUUGUGUGUUUAGGAUGCCUCCCAUUUCCUAUCCUAAGAAAAAAUCCUUCUACUCCACAACAUUGUUUCUCUGAGCUUCCUAUGAUGCAACUGAGCAAAGUAAUAGGAGUGUCUCUAGUAACAAUUGCAGAAUUUACUGGUUUUCUUUUACCGCUGGCUGUUGUGGUCACCUGCACAGGGUUGACUGCAAUGAGUUUACGUGAGAAAACCUGCGUUCUUCAGGAUGCAGGGGAAAAGCACAAAGCUCUCAAGAUGGUGCUAAGCUGUGCUGGUGUAUUUCUGGUCUGUUUUGUGCCAUAUCACAUAACUUUUCCUUUAGACUUUUUGGCCAAAUCAAAUUUUAAUGUUACUUGUGCGUUUAGGAGUGCGGUGCUGCAUGCCCAUCCCAUUACAUUGUGUCUGGCCAGCUUGAACUGCUGCCUGGACCCAGUGAUGUACUAUUUCACCACUGAUGAGUUUAAGCGCCGCCUGUCUAGGCCAGAAUUGCAAGAAAGUUUUUAUCUCCAUGAUAGGAUGUCAUGCACCACAAAUGAGGUCCUGACAUCCAAGUAAAGGAGAAAUUGAGCUGGCAGAAAAAGUAUUUGGAUUAUUGUUUUUGGAUAAUGGACAAUAACCUUCCUUCGUAAUGGGACUGAGCUCAGCUUUGGAACUCUAAACAAAUAAAAUUGACAUGGGCUGGGUUCCCUGAAACCUUCUUAGCUCUACGUCGUUCUUAAGUUGUACCUUAAGCUGUACCUUAUCGUUAAUAUGUGUUUCCCGAAAUGUUCUUAGUUACAAAUACCUUCUGUAAGUCAUACUUUCGGAAGGUUGGUCUGGAGCACUCUUAGCUAUACCUUAUCCCACUUGACUCCGCUAGGGGCCAUCGCUGUGAUAAAAGCUUACAUUGCAGUCUAUAUAACUAAAUAUUUUUUAAAUAAAUAAAUAAUUGCAAUACACUCCGUGUUUUAAUUAAGCAAAUAUUUUUAUAUUUAAAGAAUAAAAUAUUCACAUAAUUAUUACACUGAUGGUUGUUAGAUUUUUAAUUAUGUUUCCCAAAGGAACAUCAGCUUCGAACUAUUAAAUGCUACAGGCAUUGUUGAUUUUCCUAAUUAUGAUAAUUAAUAUUAAUUUGACUUUGCAUCAAAGUUUUUUUUUAUGUUUUCUAACUUUGAGGCAACUGCAUGCCAUUCUUUAUAAACAUUCAAAAUAAACUGCUCCACUUGAUUACUGCUUGUAUAGUCUCCUAAGGUCAACAAAUUUUCCCCAUUAAAACUAAUCAAAGCAAAAAUCUAAAGCAAUCAUACUAUAUAUGUAUAUAUUAUAUAAUAUAUAUUUUUAUAUGUUAUAUUUACGGUAGACAGACAGGAUCCAGAAAUGUGUCCAUUAAGCUUUAUUUGCAUUGUAACCCCGCUACUUGCGCGUGUCCAGGCACAAUAAAUGCGUGAACUAAUGAACAAUAACAGUUUUUAUAUAUUUUAAGUGUAAUGCACAGCCAAGCCAGGUGACUUGCACGACCCACUUUAUUCCCCUGUGCGAUGCACUUAUUGGGAACCCCUAAUAUAAAUUAUCCUUUCAAGUGAAGGCAUAGCGGAUGCAUUGGAGCAGUUUAUGCAUGAUAUGUUUGGAAAGGAAGUUGCGUGUUUUGCACGGGUUUGAUAUAAAAUAAAUAUACAAGGUUGAAUUUAGUUAUAUGCAAUUUGAAAUAUUUUUAGAAUAUAUUCCUAAUAAAUUUAACUUGAACUAAUUCUGAAAUGUUUCUUUAAUAAAGAAAACUGCUAUCUCUAAACCUAUUACAUUAAGUUAAUAAUUGAUUGUCGAGCAAUCGAUAUCAACCUAUUCAUCACCAUCGCCAUAGAAAGCACCUUGUAACGUCGUUCUUAAGAAAGUAUACCUUAAGAAUCCCGCUAAGGUACAGUUCGGGAAACACGCCUAGAAAAGGUAUUUGUGUAGUUAAGGUUUAACUUAAGAGUCUUCGUUGCGGGCUAAGAGAUAACGUUAUCAGGAAACCUAGCCUUGAACUGUGGAUCUAAUUCCCAAAGUCUUUUGCUAAGAAAUGUGAUUUUUUUUCAGCUGCUGAGUAUUUAUUAAAAGCUUAGUAGCCUUAACAACUAUUAAACAAUAUAAAUAAUCAGUGGUGCACAAUGGACACUACACUUGUACUUGACGUAAAGUUCAGAUACCUUGAAUGUACAGUAGCUAUGUUAUUGGGAUUAAAAUUACUUCUUUUACCCUGAAUCUGUUGAAAGUGCUUAAGCAUCAAAGUGUAUUAACCUAUUAAAUGCUGUAUUGUAAUAUCCUCCUCCUGCUCAUAAUACACUCUAAAAAUGCCUGGGUUAUUUUUGACCCAUAAUGGGUAAAUAUUGUACAGAACACGUGAUUGGUUAAAAAUGACCCAAUGUUGGGUUGUGUUAUGCAAUCAUGGGGUAUAAUAACCAAGCAGUUGGGUUAAAAUAACCCAGCAUUAGGUAAAUUUUAACCCAGCAUGUGUUCUGUCUAAUAUUUACCCAUUAUGGGUCAAAAAUAACCCAGCCAUUUUUAGAGUGUAUCUUGUUAAAGUCCAUGCCAAAUGCCCUUAUACUGUAAGUGCAGCUUUUGCCAGUAAAUUGACAUGUUUCCUUUAAAACAUCCAAGCUAGACACAUUAAAGGGCAUUGUCAAACCAGCCAACAGCUUUAGUUUACAUCGCAGCAUGGUUAAAAGCAAAUGUGGAGGAACUGUUCCUUAGGAUCUUGUUAAAUCUUCAAGUGAUUAAGUACAUCUGUGGUUGUUUUUGAUCUAAGACCAGAUCCUAAGAUGACAGUUCUAAUGAAAAAUCAUAUGGUCAUGAACAUGAGGUCUUAGUGGUAUACUGUUUAAUUAUUAAGCUACUGUCUAAUUACUUGUACAGCCGACCUACAAUAUUGCAUGCUCAUUGGCUGCGUCCGAAAGGUGACAGCAUUUCAAGGCAUGAAUGCAUGUCCAAAUCAAAUGUUAUGUUUACUUCCUGUCUCCUGAGAAACCUUCAUUGUCCUGUCAAAAAAUACCAAUUGGUGAAAGUUUAUGCUGCAGAGAGGUCAGACAAGUAGGUAGGUGCAUGCAGAUAAGAUCCUGAAUGGAUUGUUCCAUUAUUUGUUUAAUUCCAUUGAGUGUUCAAUGAAACAGGUCAGUCAAACAAUUAGCUUAAAACCCUUUACACUUUUUGCGUACACAGAUCUGAUGUUAAAGGAAAUUAAGCAGUCAGUUAGGUUUACAUAAUUUAGUAAACUGCCAGGAGCUGUAUUCACAAGAACAUUUUUAAGACUUCUUAAAGGUGACCAAAAAUGUCAGUAAUGUUUCCUCAUUCUUAUGUAAAUCUUGUGCAUUCAAAAGUCCACCGAAAAACAGGCCAAUCUCAACAUAACACCGACAGUGACGUAACCGCCCCCAACAUUUCUAUAUACCCGCUAAUAUUCUAAGCCAGCAGGACAUAAACAGCAGAAUCAUCUGAAGUUUUGCAGGAAUUGAGAAGAAACAAGCAUGGGGGAAAAUGGCAGAAGAUGGAUUUUUAACCUUAACAGUGUAAUCAGAUGAUAUCAUGUCAUGCAGUUAAAUUAAACCUUUACUAUGUGAUCAGAUGUUACCUGCAAUUCAGUUAUAUUAAGCAUUUACAAUGUGAUCAGAUAAUAUCCUGUCAUGCAGUUACAUUAAACCUUUACAAUGUGAUCAGAUGUUACCUGUCUUGCAGUUAUUCAGUGCCGGUCCUAGAUGCUGGGGGGCCCUAAGCAAACCUUUGUGAGGGGCCCUCUGUCAGUGCAUUCAUAAAACCCAUUCAUUGUUGCUGUUAGUUGUUAACUAACCACAUGGUGUAUUAUCUUACAGCUGCAUAUUAUUCCCAUAUGCACAUUACUUGAAACCCUGACUGAUAAACUUGCUGAUUAUAACAUGAAACAUGUAUUUGCUGUAAAGUUAUUUUGAUUUAAAAUGUGGUGUGAGAAGCACUAAAAAUAAACCUGAUUUAAAUUUAAAUUAAUUUAAUGAAUCAAAUUAAAUUAAAUAUAAAUAUAAGAGAUGAGCCGGAUACUCGGCUGAAACGAGUAUCCAGUACGGAUAAAGCACUUCUGCCGAGUACGAGUAUUAUACGAGUCAAUAUCUGUGCUCAGAUUAAAUGAAAAUCAUCAUUGGGUAGCUGAUUGUGUCAGCGUUCUGUGAUAGGCUAGUAGUAAAAGCGCCCCUCCCCUACACACAUACAGAUGUAUUGUGUUGCUGUGUCCCGCUCUGCUCACUCACACACAGAACAGCUCACUGUCUCUCUCCCUCAGUCACUCGGGUUCGCGGUUCUUUUC